CGGCAAUGAUCAACUACUGAAUGUGUAAAUUAACUUUAUUAAAUUUUCAAAAAGUGAACUACUGAAUUACUGUUGAAAAAUCAAACAGAUUUCAAAAUGUUCCAGUCUAGCGCAAACCGAAAAGGAGCAAAAGGAAAGGUGCUCGAUCCCGACAUAGAUUACUCUAAAGUAAAAAGUGUCCAUAGUAUCUCGUCCUGGUGGGGCAUCGGUGGGAUCUUUUUAAUUCUCUUCAUCGGUAACCUGACUAGCUACACAAAUUCUCACCUGCCAGACGCCCUUAAAAAUGCUCACCUAUCCAAGUACCCCAACGCAUUUAUCGCCGAGCGUGCUUAUAAAGAUUUGAAAAUUCUCAAUGAUUUCGGACCAAAACCAACCGGCAGCUAUGCCAACGAGGUACUGGCGGUGGAUUUUCUUUUGCGUGAGAUUUCCUACAUCGAUCAGCUCAAGAACAAGAAUCAAAAAAUCGUUGUCGAUAAGCAGAUCGUAUCCGGUGGAUAUGUUGGUGUCUACAUGAACAAGUCUGCAACUAGCGUCUAUAGAAACGUUCAAAAUGUGAUAGCCAAACUGGUGGGGAAGAACGAGGACCAUGCACUGCUAAUAAAUUGCCAUUUUGAUUCAGUUGCAACAAGUCCGGGCGCUAGUGAUGACUUGUCUGGUUGUGCAGUUAUGUUGGAAAUACUGCGUGUCAUGUCUAGGCAGUCGGACAUUAAUCAACAUUCAAUUAUAUUUUUAUUCAAUGGAGCAGAGGAGACACCACUGCAGGCUUCUCACGGUUUCAUUUCAUCGCACCGUUGGGCCAAAGAGGUACGAGCAUUCCUAAAUCUCGAAUCAGCAGGCUCCGGAGGCAAAGAGAUGCUGUUCCAAAGUGGGCCGAAAAAUCCUUGGUUGAUUGAGAUGUACUCCAAGGCAAUCAUGUACCCCUAUGCACAGGCAGGUGCCGAAGAGGUCUUCCAAUCGGGUGUCAUUCCCUCGGACACUGAUUUCAGAGUGUUUCGAGAUGUCGGUGGUGUUCCGGGAAUGGAUUUUGCAUACACGGCCAACGGAUAUCGUUACCACACAAAAUAUGACUCGAUAGAUUAUAUUCCAAUGACGGUCUUACAAAGAACGGGUGACAAUAUACUUUCGUUGACAAAAACGAUUGCCAAUUCGGAUAGACUAGCCGUUCAGCACAAAAGGACUGAACAUACCGUGUACUUUGAUUUCCUAGGAGUGUUCUUCGUGCAUUACUCGGCGGAUGUCGGACUAAUGAUCAAUCUUUCGGUAGUGUUAUUGUCAAUAAUAAUACCAUUCCUAUCACUAGCCAGAUCUACCAGCGGAACCCAUGGUAGACAGAUCCGCUCGGAAACAAUGAUUGGGUUUGUAGCUACUUUGUUGGGAGCUGGUGUUAGCGGUAUGGUAUGCUUCCUCAUUGGAUAUCAACUAGAUAUCAUAGGCCGACCUAUGUCGUGGUAUUCAUCCACAAAUCUAGUACUUGGAAUCUACUGCUGUCCUGCACUUCUUUGCCAGUGUUUGGUGCAUAUACUUUGUAACAAUAUCUUUGGCAGCAAAACGACACCCCUCAGUUUGGCACUAAAAGUCCAAGCUCGUUUAAAUGGAGUCAAUCUUUUCUGGGGAAUGCUCACCUUGGGGAUCACAUUCACUGGUUACCGGGUUGCCUAUAUCUUUAUGAUUUUGAUCUUCUUCUCGCUGAUAUCGAACACGUUGAUUUCAAUGUUCGCCGUCCAAAAUUCCGUUAGUAAAUGGCUUUACAUUCAUCUGUUCUUCCAAAUAUUCACCAUUUUAUGGAGUACUCAGUUCUACCAUAUGAUGAUGAAUCUUUUUAUACCUAUUACGGGCCGCAUUGGCGCUUCUAUAAAUCCCGAUUUGAUCAUCGGAGCAAUGGCCGCUUUCCUGACACUGCUAACCUGCAGCUACAUGACACCAUUGAUAUUCCUUUUGAAGAAAACUGACAAGUUAAUCGGAGAACUAGUCGCAAUAACUCUUAUCGCUUUGGUAUUAGCUUCGUGGACACACGUAGGAUUUCCCUAUCGCGACGAUAGUUUGAAGUCACCAACGGUACAGCGACACUACAUAACGCACACGCUUCGGACAUUCCAUGACUACAAUGGUGGGGUGCGCCAUACCGAUUCUGGAUUUUUGCUACAAGAAUUGGAUCGUAAUGCUAAGAAAACUAUAGAAGGAAUUGCCAUGCCGGAUGCGAUCACACCAAUGCGUGAAAUACCAGCCUGCGAGAAGGAGCUGUUCUGUGCAAUUCCAUUCUACUCGAUCUGGCAUCAGGUGUUGUUUGAAAAUUACUGGAUUCCCGGACCGCAACCACUCAUUCAUUCGUCAGUGAAAUGUUCGCUCCAGAACAAAGGCAAGCAGUCCGAACACGAACAUAAAAUGCAGCUGACGUUAACCGGCGAUCACCAGUGCGCUUUGGUUAUCGGUCCGAAAGCUGGUACAACGCUCCAAAAGUGGGACAUUGUGGACGAACUGGCUGAUCCAAUCGAGUUCAAUGGUCAGCGAGGAUAUUUUGUACUGAUCAGCAGUGGUACAAAUCCGGGUCCGAUGAAUGUCACAUUGUAUUUGAAGCAUGAAAUUUCGAACUAUGACGGUCCGUUGGUUGAUGUAACAGUGACAACUACAUUCUGGGAGCAUCAGAAGCAGCACACUCCAAUAUUCAACAAACUUCUCGCUCGUGUUCCACCAUGGGCACACGUGGUUCCUUCCGUCGCCGCUGUCAAUAGUUACACGUUUUAAACUAAUUACCAGCACAAAACACGGAUUGCAAGCUAUAUAUUAUAGCUUUAGCUUUAGAAGGUUAGAGGUUGUUUGGAUAGCUCAAAAUUAAUUUUAUUCGAACAAAUUUUUUACGGUCUC